AUGCAGAGCGAUACGUCGUCGGAAGAGGUUCUUGUGACCACGAACGCGCCGACGUCGACGGCAGAGUCAAUCAAGUCGUUCCUUGCGGGAGGGUUCGGUGGUGUCGCUGCUGUGGUCGUAGGUCAUCCCUUCGACCUGACCAAGACACGACUGCAGACGGCACCUUCUGGGACGUACACGGGUGCACUCGAUGCGGUGAAAAAGACUGUGGCGAGAGAUGGACUCACUGGGCUGUACCGUGGCGUCGUUCCACCAUUGCUGGGUGUGACACCUAUAUUCGCAGUUUCAUUCUGGGCAUACGACAUGUCGAAAGCACUCAUCCUUGCCGCAACGCCAAAGCGUACUGACCAAACACUAUCAAUAUCCGAGCUGGCUACUGCCGGAUUCCUCUCCGCGAUACCCACGACACUCGUCACUGCGCCAGUCGAGCGCGCGAAGGUCCUCCUGCAGGUUCAAGGUCAGGGACAUGGUGGUCCUCAGUACACCGGCGUGUUCGACGUCGUGAAGCACCUGUACAAGGAGGGUGGCCUGCGCAGCGUAUUCCGAGGCUCUGCUGCGACAGUAGCACGCGACGGACCGGGAAGUGCUGCAUACUUCGCAGCGUACGAGCUAACGAAACGCGCUCUGACUCCCGCCGGAGCGUCGAGCGGGGAUCUGAAUCUCGGCGCGAUCAUCGUGGCUGGAGGAACCGCCGGUCUUGCGAUGUGGUCCAUUGCGAUACCACCUGAUGUCUUGAAGUCAAGAAUACAGUCUGCGCCAACGGGCACGUACUCUGGCUUCAUGGACUGUGCGCGGAAGACCAUUGCUGCUGAUGGCGUUGGUGCUUUGUGGAAGGGCCUCGGGCCGGCUAUGGCUCGGGCUUUCCCGGCAAACGCGGCGACGUUCUUGGGUGUCGAGGCCUCACGAAAGCUCAUGGACAAGUAUUUCUGA